AUGGUGGCCAGCGACCGAGUGCAGAAGCUGCUCCGACGGUACAAACUAGCGAUAGCCGCCGCGUUAACCAUCCUCCUGGUCCAGGGGCUGGUGGUAUGGAGUCUGAGGAGUCUGGAGGAGGGCGACGCAGAGAGAGGGAGCAUAUCCCAGGGAUGAAGGCUAAAGUUUAGCAGCAGCAGCAGCAGAGAGAGCUGCCUCCACUACAUACCACUGAAACAACUCAUUUAGUCCACCGUGGGAAGCACAUCUCUGGGUCUCUCUUGCACACCUGGAAGCGCACUACCCUGAGGCAGUGCCUGUUCUUGUUCUCCCUCUAAAUAAGAGAAAAACACGACGGUCUAAGCUGCCUGACCACAACAGCCAGGAUCCCAAAAGGGACGCCGCACUUUGGGAGAAACAAAACUCCUUGUCGGGGAGGAACAGAGGCAGAUGGAGCGGCAGGUCAGAGAGGACGGGGGGCACAGCAGCCAGCGCGCUGAGGAGAGGGACCAGCCGCAAAGGAGAAAAGCCCAGCGUCAGGCUGAAGUCCCCCCAGGAGCGGGGGAUGACGGGAGCUGGAUUGGACGGCUUGGUCCUCCACGACCCGUCCAGCAGCCGCAACUUCAGCGAGACCCGGGGUGGAGCUGAUGGGGCAGCCAGGUUACCCGCCGCUGCCAUAUUGGGGGAACCGGGGAGCGUGGACGGGGCGCACCAAGCACCCAGCAGUGACUUUGUGCCUAAAUGUGACAUCAUAGGCAAGGACGCGUUGUCCGCCCUUCAUCGCGCCGGGUCGCAGCAGUGCCGACAGGAGAUCGCCAACAUGGUGUGUCAGCAUCAGGCCGGGAAGCUCAUGCCAGACACUCUUCCUCAGUUCUGCCCGCAGCUCGGUGUAUCAAACCAGGUCCAGGCCGUCGGCGAGCUGGACAACAGCCUGUCCAAAGUGGAAAACCCCGUCAGAGUGGCUUUUGUUCUGAUGGUCCAUGGCCGCGCUGUACGGCAGCUCAAGCGCCUCAUCAAAGCCAUAUAUCACCAAGACCACUACUACUACAUCCACGUGGACAAGCGAUCCGGCUACAUGCAUCGGGAGGUGCUGGAGAUAGCCCAGCAGUACCCGAACAUACGAGCCACGCCCUGGCGGAUGGUCACCAUCUGGGGCGGCGCCAGCCUGCUGAAGGCCUACCUUCGCAGCAUGCAGGACCUGCUCUCCAUGCUGGACUGGAAGUGGGAUUUUUUCGUCAAUCUCAGCGCUACAGAUUUCCCCACCAGGACCAAUGAUGAACUAGUGGCGUUCCUGUCGCAGCAAAGAGACAAGAACUUCCUCAAGUCCCAUGGGAGAGAAAAUGCCCGGUUUAUUAAGAAGCAGGGCCUCGAUCGUCUCUUCCACGAGUGCGACAACCACAUGUGGCGUCUCGGCGAACGCAGCAUCCCGGAAGGCCUGGAGGUCUCAGGUGGCUCCGAUUGGUUUGCGCUCACCCGCCGCUUCGUGGAGUACGUCAUCAACUCCCAGGAUGACCUGGUGUCGGGGCUGAAGCAGUUCUAUUCCUACGCCCUGCUCCCCGCUGAGUCCUUCUUCCACACGGUGCUCGGGAACAGUCACAUGUGCGACACCCUGGUGGACAACAACCUGCGCGUCACCAACUGGAACCGUAAGCUGGGCUGUAAAUGCCAGUACAAGCACAUUGUCGACUGGUGUGGCUGCUCUCCCAAUGAUUUCAAACCGCAAGACCUCAUCCGGAUCCAACAAUUGACCCGUCCGACAUUCUUUGCCCGCAAGUUUGAGUCAACCGUGAACCAGGAGGCCAUAGACAUCCUGGACACUCACCUGUACGGCCAGUACGCUCCGGGCACCGUCGCCAUCAAGGCGUACUGGGAGAGCCUGUUUGAUCAGUUGGAUGGCGUGGGCUCACUCAGCGACGCGGCUCUCACUGCUUACACCGCUUUCUUUCGUAUCAGCCUAAAGAAUCUGGCGACCACUCACAGCAACGUGGAGGCCUGCAGAUUGGAACCAGUUGGCCACCCUCUAUCAGUACACGUGUACUUUUAUGACGAUCAUUUCCAGGGAUAUCUGGUGCGUCAGGAAGCCCAGGCUGUGGGUUCAAAGGUCAGGGAGACACUGGAGAUGUGGGCAGUGCCCCAAGCCACGCUUGUCCUCGAGACGAACCUUAAGGAGUUUGAAAGACUCAAGAAUCUGGAAAUCGGCACAGAGUGGGAUCCUAAAGAAAGAAUCUUUCGUAACUUCGGCGGCGUGAUCGGCCCUUUGAACGAACCACUGGCGGUCCAGAAGUGGGCGCGUGGUCCCAACCUCACAGCCACUAUUGUGUGGAUCGACCCGGCUCUGUCUGUGGCAGCAUCUUAUGACAUCACCGUGGAUGUGGAUGCAGAGUACACCCAGUACAAACCGCCACUGCAGCGCCCCCUGCGGCCCGGUACCUGGACGGUACGGGUGUUAAAACAGUGGGAGCGCGUGGCGGAAGUUCGCUUCCUCGUCAUGCCCUUAACCUUCAAAGAUAAGGAGCCGCUGCGCAAAGAGGAGGACAGCUGGCUCCAUGCAGGUCCUCCAGGUAACCUGUACCUGGAGCAGAGCUACCAGCAGCUGAGCUCCGUGCUGAAGCUGCCCCCCCAGGAGUCGGCCAUGCAGGAGGCCCAGCGUAAAUCCCAGCUCGUGGGUCAGGCCCUCGAAGCGUGGGUGGACAGCAGCGUAGGGACCUUCUGGGUCACAGGCGGCCUGUGCGCCAUACAGACUUCCUCCUGCCCAACCGUGGCACCUUGCUCCAAGACCUCCUGGAGCUCUCUGUCCCCGGACCCCAAGUCUGAUCUGGGCCCACUCAAAAGUGAUGGGCGGAUCAGGUAGCCCCAAGAGAGGAGUAGACUGUAGACUUCAACACAUACACAGGAAGACUGAGAGAGAGCUGGACGUGCACUGCAGAGCUCCAUGAGAACUUGUGUGAACCGGAUAUCAUCUCAGAGCUUAAGGGCACAUAAACAACAAGACAUCUUCCUGCACGGAGGAGUCGGGACGUUCUCAGUGAAGCGGUGAUACAGACUUAAAAGAGGAGGAUGUGACUGCUGGAAAUUUGCACAUAGACGUUUUGCAAGCACACAGACUUGUGUCAUUGUUUGCUGGAUGGUUACACGGAUGCCAGAUUGUGACAGUAUUGUGUUAUUAUGCUGGCACACAGGUUGCCAGUCAGGGUCGGAGUUUAGAACAAAAACAAACCUCUGCUUUGAAAGACUCGGGAAGCAGUUGUCAAAACUCAACAACAGGCUCCUCUUCAUUUCACAGGAGAGUGGAAGCUCUGAAUCAUGUUAUUGUGCUUAUUUUUAAGCAUUAUUAUAAAGCAUAAGGAGCAGACAGAUGAAGUGCACUUUACUGUAAGACUAUAAUGUUACACAGAGGUCACUUGGUUACAGUGUGAGCAGCAGAAGUGAAAGAGUCAUGGAUAAGGUCACAUCACUUUUAUUUUACAGCAAAUAGCUGCACCACCAAUCCCCUGCACAGACACGUCACUAAAUACUUGGACUUGUAAUGAGGAAAAGAUAACAGAGUGUAGAGAGGGAGUAUAUCAAUUUUAGUUCUGUUUACUGUGACAUUUAAUUUUUUUUAAACUUUUUUUAUGUAUUUGUUUUGUCCGUUAGUUCCCCUGAACUGGCUGUAAAGUGUUAAGUUAUCUUUGAUGUCCAUUGUUGCAAAAAAGCCAUUAUUUCUGGUCAGAGGAAGUGCCUAGACAGCUGCAGCAUCAAGGCUGCAGCUGUCUAGCCAGGGUACAUUCAAAACUCCCUUGAAAUACAGGACAAAACAAUCUCAACUCAAAACGUCCAGCUACAGCUCUAUGACGACAAACUCCACCUGCUGAUGGAGACUAUUAGUGAGCAAGUAGCCCUUAAAGGGAUAGUUUGGGUGUUUUGAAGUGGGGUUGUAUGAGGUACAUAUCCAUAGUAGGUGUCUUACCUACAGUAGACGAUUGAGAAACAGACCGGAGCACCGACACCGUAGCAAAGCAAUACAGUGCUGUAGACGGGGACGGCAGAAAAACGUAUUUUAGCCACCUAAAAGAAAGCCUGCUAGCUUCGGAGAGAGCAUGACAUGACUAUGGAUAAGUACCUCAUACAAUUCCACUUCAAAAACACCCAAACUAUCCCUUUGAGUUGAGAUUGUUUCGUCAGCUGUUCUUUUAAAGGUCAAGAAUGAACUGUCAAGGUGAAAUCCUCUGAAAGAAAUCGUGUGCUUUUUGGCUCCAGAAUUCUUUUGAACUAAAGCCAACUUAGCAAGGUGAAGAAAAAUUGGAGAAAACUUUAAAGAAAUAGUUUGGUUUGCGUUCUUGUCCAGAGUUAAAUGAGAAGAUUGAUACGACUCUCAUGUUUUGUAAAGGUAAAAACGAGGCUACAGCCAGUAGCCUGCUGACUUAGCUUAGCAUAAAGACUGGAAACAGAGGGACAUAAUACGUUAUACCUCUUGUGUAUCAGUGUAUACGCAGUAUCGUUGGUGUUUGCUCUCAUUUCAUUUCUUACGAUGCAUUUCAAUUCAACUCUUUUAAGUCCAACCAACCAAAAAUGUUCAACAGUACACUGUAUGUUUGUGUUUUUAUUUUUAGCGUGAUCAAGAGAAUCUAAGCUGCCUUCACUCCGCGUAAAGAUGAAUUGUUUACUACGGGAUAAUAACUUCCAGAGACGUGCAAUGAAUGCCUUUUCAGAGGAUAGUGAGCCCCCAUGUCUGUGUCUUAGUUUGCAUUUUUUUACAUAAUUUUUAAAUGUUCGUCAAUAAUAGUUGGCCACAAUAUGAGUUUUCAAGUGACCUUGUUUACCUUGCACAGUACAGUUGCUUCAGUGAAGCCCCAGUUUUAUGGAUAUGAGAGAGAGCAAGCGUCGGAACAGAUGUUAUUUUUCUAUGCUGUUUGAGAGGAAGUGUGUAUGUUGUCCGUUCAUCUCCAGUGCUCUGUUAAACUAUUAAAAACUGCUGUCUAAUAAUGUCGUA